AAGAGCCGAGGUAGCAUGUCAGGUACCUCUACUGAUGCUCUUUCUGCUGUGUUUUCUUCUCUUGUUCCCCCUCGUGAUUUCUUCAAGCCGACAGCUUCUCCAGCACCUUCAGCCGACAUGGCUCCCAUCAGUUCUGGUUCUUCUACUUGGACUUCCUCAGGCCUCCCCUUUUCUUUUGUCUCCAUGGCAACGGGGAUGGGGCCUUCCUCUAGUGGGAGCCAGGCUACAGUGGCUUCCGUGGUCACUAGCACCUUACUGGCCGGUCUAGGAUUUAGUAGCAGUGGUAUUUCUUCUUUCCCUAGUACGGUCUGGCCAACCCGGCUCCCGACCUCUGCCUCGACUAAUAAACAGUCGGCCAGGCCAGUGGUGGCUACCACCGAGGCAUUGUCUUCUCCAGCACCAGACAGCGAUUCUACUCUCACAAAAGACAAUGAAGGAGCUGAGGAUGGAGAGAAAGAUGAAAAAAGUGAAAGCGAGGAUGGCGAAAGAGAGCAUGAGGAAGAGAGAGAAAAGGAUUCCGAGAAAAAAGAAAAAAGUGGUGUGACCGAAGCUGCUGAAACACAAGAUAAUAGUGAAGCUACAAACACCACUCUUUCUCCCAACAGAACUAUGGAGGAGGGAGGAAAUGAAACUAUAUCUGAUCAUGAGCAAAGCCAAAAUAUUGUACCAACAGGUAGGACUCCUGAAAGAGGAGAAGGAGUUACAGGAAUAGACACUGAAUUCAAUAAAGUCAGUUCCACCCAAGUGCCGACACUAUUCAUAAAUGAACAAUAUACUGGUGAGAUUCCAAGAAGACCAGAAACAGCAUCAACAUCUUUACCAAAAGAUAAUAGAUUUAUUACCAUUUAUCCAGCAGACAAGAAUAUUUCCAGCAUGACCAACAGACCCACUCGUGGCAAAAUGGAAUGGAUCAUUCCUCUCAUUGUGGUCUCAGCCUUGACAUUUGUGUGCCUAAUCCUUCUUAUUGCUGUGCUAGUUUACUGGAGAAAAUGUUUCCAGACAGCUCAUUUCUACGUAGAAGACAGCAGUUCUCCUCGGGUGGUACCAAACGAAACCGUCCCCAUUAUUCCCAUCCCAGAUGACAUGGAAGCAAUUCCUGUCAAACAGUUUGUGAAGCAUAUCGGUGAAUUGUAUGCCAACAACCAGCAUGGGUUUUCAGAAGAUUUUGAGGAAGUGCAGCGUUGUACAUCUGACAUGAACAUCACCGCUGAACAUUCCAAUCACCCCGACAACAAGCACAAAAACAGAUACAUCAACAUUUUAGCAUAUGAUCACAGUCGAGUGAAAUUAAGACCUUUACCAGGAAAGGAUUCAAAGCACAGCGAUUACAUUAAUGCCAAUUAUGUUGAUGGUUACAACAAAGCGAAAGCUUACAUUGCCACCCAGGGCCCUUUAAAGUCAACAUUUGAAGAUUUUUGGAGAAUGAUUUGGGAGCAAAACACUGGAAUUAUCAUCAUGAUUACAAAUCUUGUGGAAAAAGGAAGAAGGAAAUGUGACCAGUAUUGGCCAACUGAAAACAGUGAGGAAUAUGGCCAUAUCAUUGUCACACUGAAGAGCACAAAAGUACAUGCUUGCUACACUGUCCGCCGCUUCACAGUGAGGAAUACAAAAAUGAAAAAAGGAAAUCCCAAAGGACGUCAAAACGAAAGGACACUCAUUCAGUACCAUUACACACAGUGGCCUGACAUGGGAGUACCUGAAUAUGCACUUCCUGUGCUGACAUUUGUGAGAAGAUCCUCUGCAGCCAGAACUGCUGAGAUGGGUCCAGUAAUUGUACAUUGCAGUGCUGGUGUUGGCAGGACUGGUACCUACAUUGUAAUAGACAGUAUGCUGCAACAAAUAAAAGACAAAAGCACAGUUAAUGUCCUGGGUUUCCUGAAACACAUCAGGACACAGCGCAACUACCUCGUCCAGACGGAGGAGCAGUAUGUUUUCAUUCAUGAUGCCUUGUUGGAAGCCAUUCUCGGGAAAGAGACUGAAGUUUCUGCCAAUCAGCUACAUAGCUAUGUCAACAGCAUUCUCAUACCUGGCAUUGGGGGCAAGACUCGACUGGAGAAACAGUUCAAGCUGGUUAUGCAAUGCAAUGCAAAAUAUAUAGAAUGCUUUAGUGCCCAAAAAGAUUGCAACAAAGAGAAGAACAGAAACUCAUCAGUAGUGCCAUCUGAGCGAGCAAGGGUAGGACUAGCACCAUUACCUGGCAUGAAGGGAACUGAUUACAUUAAUGCCUCGUACAUUAUGGGCUACUAUCGGAGCAAUGAGUUCAUCAUAACACAGCAUCCCCUGCCACAUACAACUAAAGACUUCUGGAGAAUGAUUUGGGAUCACAAUGCACAGAUCAUUGUCAUGCUUCCAGAUAACCAGAGUUUAGCAGAAGAUGAGUUUGUCUACUGGCCAAGUCGGGAAGAAUCCAUGAACUGCGAGGCAUUUACCGUCACCCUUAUCAGCAAGGACCGGCUGUGCCUCCCUAAUGAAGAACAGAUCAUCAUCCAUGACUUUAUCCUUGAGGCUACUCAGGAUGAUUAUGUUUUGGAAGUUCGCCACUUUCAGUGCCCCAAAUGGCCAAAUCCAGACGCCCCAAUCAGCAGUACCUUUGAACUUAUCAAUAUAAUCAAGGAAGAGGCCUUAACAAGAGAUGGCCCAACCAUCAUUCAUGAUGAGUAUGGAGCAGUGGCAGCUGGAACAUUAUGUGCUCUGACUACCCUGUCUCAGCAACUGGAAAAUGAAAAUGCUGUUGAUGUUUUCCAGGUGGCAAAAAUGAUCAAUCUGAUGAGGCCUGGAGUAUUUACAGACAUUGAGCAGUACCAAUUCCUUUACAAAGCAAUGCUAAGCCUGAUCAGCACUAAAGAAAAUGGAAAUGGCGCCAUGGCAAUGGACAAAAAUGGUGUUGUUAUGGCCAGUGAAGAAUCAGAUCCUGCAGAAAGUAUGGAAUCUCUUGUCUAAAAGGAAUACUUAAAGGCACUUAAUUUGUGGAAUUUCUGAAGACUGAACUUUUUGAGGCCUUUUUUGCCAGACUCUAGGUUAUACAAUAACCCAAUUACUUUUUUACACUGAUAAAAAGUUUUGAUAUUUAUUUUUGCCAUUUUACGUCUUAAUGGUAUCCUACUGAGCAUUUGCACCUCUGUUUAUUUCACACAGUGAAACACAAUUUUAUCUAGUUUGCACUAUAUGAUCAGUGUUAACUGCCUAUAGAGAUAUAAUACAAAAUAAAACAAAUCUUGAUGACAUUCCAUGACAACAGACACACUACUUAUUAGUUGAAAUAUCAUGAUGUUUAAUUAAUUCUCAUAAGCCUUGGCUUUACAAUCUUGGAUGCGAGGCCAGAGAAAUAGUUUUGAUUUACAUAAAAAAAAUGCUGUAUCCUUGACCUAUUCCAAUAUUCAUUGUUUAAUUUGCGUACUGUUAUAGUUCUUUUGUUUUCCAGUAACAUGGAUGAGUAGUGUUCUUCAUUUUCUCUCGCAAACUAGUGAUCGCUAGAUAAAUUUUGGAAAGCUGUUGAAAUUCAGUUGAACAGCUGCUCUGCAUUGUCUGGAAUUCCUCUUUUGACUUUACAAAGUUCAGAAGUGUUUUCUAUGAAACACAUAAAAUUAUAUUCCCAAAAUGCAAAGCAACUCAGACUUGUGAUUCAAUUUCAGAUCUCGAAUUUAUACUUCCAUUAAUUCCCAGGUAUUUUUAAUUGCAUUCUCAUUUCAAGAAAAUAUUUUGAUCAUAUUUCCACUACGGAUAAUUUAAUUACAGUGCAACAAUGUUCAAUCAGGUCAUUUUAUUCCAAAAGUAUUUAGCAAUAUUUCCAAUUCAUACACUAUUCACAUUUACAUGUAUAGUUCCUUAAGUUUCUGGAACAGAACCUCUGUCUUUACAGUAUGUUAUAUGAUGGAGAAAAGAAUUUCUUAAUUUGAUAGCUGUUAGAUGCCGUUUUUACAGGUGUGUAAUUUUCAUACUCUAGUGCUAAAACGUACUGAUCCAUAUUACUGGUGAAGCGAUC